AUGACCCUCCUCUACACUCCCCAAUCCUCUGUCAUCAUGAACGCCUCUCACCCGAACGCCUCCACGCCGCUCUGCUACUCCAUCAACAGCCCGCCUUUCGCCUACCACCCCACCAUCGCCUCCGCCUACUUCUCCUCCGUCUUCAGCGCUCUGGGCCUCACCUCAAACCUCGUGGCCGUCGUGGUCCUCCUCCAGUCCUUCCGUCGCACCAAAAGCCGCUCGCGCUCCUUCUUCCAGGUCUUCCUCUGCGGUUUGGUCCUCACAGAUUUCUUGGGCCUUCUCGUAACCGGCUCGAUUGUGGUGUCAUUUCACGUCACCCAUUUUAACUGGCGGGAAGUGGACCCCAACUGCCAUUUCUGCAACUUCAUGGGCAUGUCCAUGGUCUUCUACGGCUUGAGCCCGCUGCUUCUUGGUGCGACGAUGGCGAUCGAACGCUUCAUUGGAAUCAACUGUCCGUUUGCAAGAUCCCAAUCCAUGUCCAAGACGAGGCCCGUGGCCAUGGUCCUGAUGGUGUGGAUGAUCGCUGGCUGCAUCUCUUUGCUUCCAGUCUGCGGAGUGGGGAGCUACCAUAUGCAGAUUCCUGGUUCAUGGUGCUUCUUUAAUAUCAGUUCGGUCGGCGUGGAUAAGGUCUUCUCGCUGGUUUUCUCGCUGGUUGGGUUGGCGUGUUUGGCGGUGUCGUUUGUGCUGAAUACCGUGAGUGUGGUGACUCUGAUCCGGGUCUGCUGUGGACCAGGGGGAGACCAGAGGAGGCGAGACCAUGAAAUAGAAAUGAUGGUGCAACUUCUUCUCAUAAUGGUCAUAGCUUCAGUCUGCUGGUGUCCACUUCUGGUCUUUGUUGCACAGACUGUUUUGUCGGGAAGGCUGCUGCAGAUCAAGUUCCUGCUGCUCUGGCUUCGCUUUGCCACAUGGAACCAGAUCCUUGACCCAUGGGUGUACAUCUUAUUCCGAAGAGCGGUUCUUCAGAGGAUCUAUCCAAACCUCCACUGGUCCCGGCGCUCGAUGCUGACACUGUACCCGUCUCUGAGGAGCACUGUGCGGAGACUGACCAGGACCUCCUCUGCCGGGGACCACGACCACAACCACCGAGAAGCCAAAACCACCACCGUUACUGUCCGGAAGAGCAGCGAUAACAGGCACUGA